GUGGCCCUGGGGGUUCUUCGUUAUUUUCUUCUUUAAAAUAUUUUUACUCCUGGGGCCCCACCUAUCUGCUUUCCUUUUCUUCUUAUUCAAUGGUUAACAUUUGCUGUGUUGUUUACUCGAUGAUUCCUGUUUUUCUUGGCCUUUCUCACGUUCCUUUAUUCCCCCCACCCCCACCCCCCAUCUUCUCUCCUUCCUAAGGCUUGAUCUAGCCAUUACCCUGUCUCCAGCCUGACUUAUCAGCCUUAAUUAGUACAAGCUUUUUUUUUUUUUCCUUUAACGAAACGUUUUUCUUCUUACUUCAGAUGAUUUCUUUUUCUAGUUUUUAUUAUUCUGAGUGCUUUUGUAAGACCUGAGUCAGUUCUCAGGCCAAUCUCUGAAGGUCGAUCAUGAUUUAUUUGCUGAAGGUGACCUCUUCAUAAGCUCAGUGAAGCCGCCAGACAUUGGAGUUGGCCUUCCUUGAGUGUUUUCCCUGUCUGAAGCUCAGAUAAGCACUUCCAUCCAUGGUAGUUAUCCUUGUGACAGGCUUCUGAGAAUUUGUUUUCCCAUCUCUGCAUCCUGCUCUACUGGUAGCACAAGAACGUACCAGGCUCCCGGCCAGAAGCUGGAGGGGGCUUGGCCAAUAAGAAGGAGAAACGACGGAGCUGUGCUUUCUACCUCUGAGAUAGAAAUGUCUGCAGACGGCAGAGCCGCCCAGGCUACCCAGGACAAGGAGAGAGCCCGAGAGGUUCCAGGUCAUGGGCAUCCUCGUCAAGAAAUGCUUUCUGAGUCAGAGGAGACGGUGCCUUUGGGAGCUGCUCAGGAGUCUCCCCACAUCAAGACAGAGCCGGAAGAGCCACAGCCUGAGGGGGCAUCGCAGGGGGCCGGGGCCCGAGGAGAGCAGGGCUGGGUGUCCCUAAGCCAGGGCUCUAAGGACAAAGCUCUUUUCCUGCCCGGAGGAGCCCUCCCCUCCCCCCAGAUCCCUGUGCUCUCUCGUGAGGGGAGGACCAGAGACCGGCAGAUGGCUGCGGCGCUCCUCACCGCCUGGUCCCAGAUGCCGGUGACCUUCGAGGACGUGGCCCUGUACCUCUCCCGGGAGGAGUGGGGGCGGCUGGACCACGCGCAGCAGAACUUCUACAGGGACGUCCUGCAGAAGAGGAAUGGGCUGUCCUUGGGGUUUCCCUUCAGCAGACCUUUCUGGGCCUCCCAAGGACAGGGCAAGGGUGAGGCCUCGGGCUCCUGCCGGCAGAUGGGAGAGGAGGAGAAGACAGGAGCCAUUGAGGUGGGGAAGGAGGAGCCGGCCCCAUCCCCCGCAGCCCUCCGGGACGCGAAGUCCUUCCGAAGCAGGGUGGGGAGAGCGCAGGCGAACGGCCUGCCGCGCGGGCAGCAGGUGGCCAGCGGCCAGAGCUCAGGGGCAGCCAGAGACGAUGCGCAGCCGGGCCCCCCAGACGAGAGGCCGGCGAAACCGGCCCCGCCCGAUGCCAGCCUGGCGAAAGCCCCGGAGGGCCGCCUCCCAGAGAAACCCAGAGAGGGGCGGACGGCCACCCCCGAGGGCAGCGAGGAGGGCCUGGCCCCCGACGGGGACGCGGGCAAGAAGACGUACACGUGCGAGCAGUGCGGCAAGGGCUUCAGCUGGCACUCGCACCUGGUGACACACCGGCGCACGCACACGGGCGAGAAGCCCUACGCCUGCACGGACUGCGGCAAGCGCUUCGGCCGCAGCUCGCACCUCAUCCAGCACCAGAUCAUCCACACGGGCGAGAAGCCCUACACCUGCCCGUCCUGCUGGAAGAGCUUCAGCCACCACUCGACGCUCAUCCAGCACCAGCGCAUCCACACAGGCGAGAAGCCCUACGUGUGCGACCGCUGCGCCAAGCGCUUCACCCGCCGCUCGGACCUGGUCACCCACCAGGGCACCCACACGGGCGCCAAGCCCCACAAGUGCCCCAUCUGCGGCAAGUGCUUCACGCAGAGCUCGGCCCUGGUCACCCACCAGCGCACGCACACCGGGGUCAAGCCCUACCCGUGCCCCGAGUGCGGCAAGUGCUUCAGCCAGCGCUCCAACCUCAUCGCGCACAACCGCACGCACACGGGCGAGAAGCCCUACCACUGCCUCGACUGCGGCAAGAGCUUCAGCCACAGCUCGCACCUCACCGCCCACCAGCGCACCCACCGCGGCGUCCGGCCCUACUCCUGCCCGCUCUGUGGCAAGAGCUUCAGCCGCCGCUCCAACCUGCACCGGCACGAGAAGAUCCACACCACGGGGCCCAAAGCCCUGGCCGUGCUGAUGCUGGGGGCGGCGGGGGCCCUGGCGGCACCCCCGCCGGCUCCCACUUAGGAGGCGGG